AUGAGUUACAAUGAUGACGAUGGUAAUAGUGAUAACGAAUUUCACGAUGCACCUGAAGAACAUGAAGAGAAUUUAACUACUAAUCGUGAGAUUUUAGUUACCUUUCAUGCUCAUCUGCCAAAAAACCUUGAUGAAACUGUGUGUCCUUUAGUGGUUGGCAAUAUUAACGAGUUAGGAAAAUGGAAAAGACCAGUUGUUGAAUUAUAUCAAACUGAUUUCGAGUCUACAUAUUGGGUUUCAGAUCCAGUCAAAAUUUAUAUAAGUGGUGAACUGCCUCUGUACAAAUAUGCAAUUUACAAACCACAAAAACCUCAAGGCUGGGUUUACAAAUUUUCUAACGCUGCCUCAACCUUUUUCUGGGGCGAUCAAACAAUUAUAAUGGAAGGUGAUUCGCCAAAAGAUAACCGUGUAUUGUUGUUACAUAGUGAAAACCAAUACGACGUAUGGAAAACAAACCAUUCCAAAAAGCUUUACAGCCCAGAUCUUAAUAAGGAUUUUAAAUUUGUUACUGUAAUAUACAAAUCUGUGACUUUUUUAGAAGAUUUCAAAGAAAAAGUUAUGGAAUUUCAAAUGCUUUUGAAAUAUCAUAAUGAACUGACCGUUCGGGCAAUUAGUAUAGAUUCAAUUCUCAAUUAUUUUUCAAAUGCAAGUAAUAAUUAUCAGAAGAUCUUAACCUGCGUUAUGUUGGCUUAUCAUAUCGAGAUUAUUCAACAAGAGACCAAUACUCACAUAAAUUUACGAGAAAAUUUUCCUUCUGACAAAUUACUACAAGUGCUACAAGAAGUACAAACAGAAAACUUUCUACCUACUAGCGCUAAAAGACCAUUUACUUUUGUAACUUCAGCUUUAGUCCGACAUAAUUCAUCAAAGCGCAAUUCAUUUGACUGGAUGAAAAUGUUUUCAGUUGCUCCUAUUCUUGAUUCAACCUAUACUUUCUUAUCUCAAAUUAAAAGACAUGAAUAUAAGAAUAAAAAUGACAUACAGAAUUUUCAUAAUUUAUUGCAAAAGAACGUAAAACCAUACGUUGAUACAAUCAAUGAUCCAUUUAUUUACCGAAAGGUUAUAAAGACUAUUAUCACAAUUUCUUUUUUCGGAAUGGAAUCAUGUGAUUUUCUGAUUAACAAAUUUAUUGGGAAAAACGUAGAUUUUGAGAUCGGUAAUUUCUUGCGUGAUGAUUAUAUUAGCAAACAUGUUGAUUCAGAUAAUCCAUGCGAAUUAGAAGAACAUUUUAAAUCCCUUACCAAAGAGCUUUGUGACGUAUGUUCACCCGCUUUUCGUAACAAAUUUAUUAAACUUAUUUGCGACGAUGGAUCAACAUGGAAUUCCAAAUACCUGGAUUCAUUAUAUAGGCUAUUUCCCCAAUUAUUUACUGAAGAGUCAGAAAUUUUGAAUAUGUUAGAAUUACUUUCCAAGUCGAAAAGUAUUGACUUGCUACAGGCAUUUCCAAAAUGGUUAAAAUUCAUUUUAAUUUCUAGAGAAAAUUUACAAAGAAAAAUUUCGCUUCUUUGUGUAACAUGGUACAAAACCAUAACAUCCACCACCCAACAGGGAAAAAAUAACAUUAUAAUCUUCAUGUAUGAACAACUUUUGGCUAUUUCAUUUGUUUUCAAAAAACGAUCCGAUAUUUAUAAACAACAAUUAGCAAAGAUCAUUGAAAUGAGAAUCACCAAUAUAUCAAACCAAUGGUUACUUCAAUCAAUAUCAAUUGUUGGCAAUUUCAACCUUGAAUAUUAUAUUCUUGAUGAUUUCAUCAAAAUUUUUAAAGAAAAACUAAACUCGCAUAUCAGCACUACUGACGAUAUGCUAAUUAAAACUAUUGUUCAAAUAUGUGAUUCAUCAGUCCAACCCUUGAAGGUUCCUAACCGGUUAUGUGAAAGUGCGAUCUGUCAUAUAUUGGAUGUAGUUAAUAACAAGGCAAUGAAAUCUGGAGAACUUAAUGUUAGUGAUGAUGAACAGCAAUUAUCAUUACUCAAAGCUUCUGAAUUUUGGUCAUUUUUAUUAAAUGCUACUGGCGAAGUGAAUGAACUUCAAGAACAUCCACAAAUGAAAUAUGUUCGUUCUCGGAUUAUUCAACUCGUUGAUGCAAUCAAAAGUAAAUCAAUUAAAAUGGGGUUACUUGAAUCGUUAACUGAGUUAACGAAUGGCGAAUUGAUCGGCUAUAUUAAUUCAGGUGUUGGGUAUGAUGAUGAGAUUACUGGCGGAAUGUUAGAUUUUCUUAGGGAAAAAUCGCAAGAACAUUCAGAAAUUGCCAAACAUCUAUUUUCUUUCUACUAUAAAUGGUGCAAUAAUACUGAUGAUUUUCGUUAUUACUUGAACGAUCUUACCAAUAAGAUGGAAUUAUUAAAGGAUGUAUCGCUUGAUGAUUUUACUUCUGAAGAUUAUUGGUUGCCACAUAAAGUGAUUAUUAAUAUCAGCCAAAAGGUUGAUCAAUUUAAAGAUUCCCAAACUUUUGCAAACAUGGUUAAAAAUAACGCGAAAGAUGAAGAUUUAGUAUCAAGUGUGUUGAAUGUUGCCAAAAUUUUUACGGAAACCGUGAUUGAACAAUAUCAAAAAACUUGUGAUAGUUAUAAAAAUUGGCAGAAUAUUAACUGUUCUAAAGCACGGAUCUUUUGGAAAGAUAUUACUAAAGAACAAGUUGGACAUGAACUUGAAAUAAUGGCUGGUGGCACUUCAUUGUAUCAACGACAUCAAAGGCAGAAUGAUCUGGUUGUUUCUAUAGAAUAUUUGGCUCUUAUUCCACCUUACAUCAUGCAACUUGGAUAUCUUAAGCAAGUUAUUGCCCGAUUUAAAGUAAGGGACGCAGAUAGAAGUUGGGUAGUUGAAAUAUUGAAAGAUUUAGAAAAUGAUGACAUGAGAUUAAAUAUGCUGCCCAAUAUUUUUCAAAAGCUUAAUAGGCAUUUAAAUGAACUCAAUGAGUGCACUUGGUCUGUAGUUAAAGAACUUAAUUUUGCGGAUGAAUUUAUUAAGUAUUUGCUUGAAAAUUUAAUUGGAAGUGAUCUAACAAAUCUUAUUAACGGUAAAUACUCAAUUCUAUUUAUGCAUGAAUUCAGACUACAUUUAAAAUCCCGAAGUUUUGCAAUUAUUGAAACUGUUGACGAUCAAUCGGACACAAAACUAUUACAAGAGAACACUGUAGCCGCAUUAAUAGAAGUCAACAAAGCAUUGAAUCCGUUAAAUAAAGAUGCCGCAAGAUUAUCGACUACUUCAUUUUUAAAAUGCUUGUCUGAAGUAUCACAAAAAAGCCCUUCACUCGCUGAAAAAAUAAGGUCUUGCGGAUCGCAUAAUUUGGCUUUACAGAAUAUGCAUCGUAAUAUAGCGAAACGAGGUGAAGUUACCAAAGAACGAAUUAAAAAUGCUGCAACAAUUGGUCUUUAUAUAUUUGAGCAUAAUGAACUAUCGAAUUCGUGUGAACUUACAUUAAAAUAUGAUACGACACAAAAUCAACAUGAUGAUGCACCUCGAGUUGUAGCAUCUUAUAAUAUAGCGGAAUUACACGAUCUUUGUGGUCGUGCACUCUUGAUUGGAAAAUCUAGAGCCUCCACUGAGCAUUCAAUUGAUGAUGAUGGUAAUGAAGAUAUCAGCGUGCUAAUGAAUCAAUUUAUUAUGCAAGUUGAUUUAGCACAUCAAAUUAUCACAGUAGCUUCAAGAUUGAUUCAAUAUGGACAUUUUCUUUAUCAAAAGAUGCAUGAAGAAGCUCAUGGAACCCUUAACUUGCAACAAUUGUUGGACAAAUUAACUAAUGACAUGGAAAAAUGGGAAAAAAUAGUUGAUAAAGCACAAAACGAUCAUUACUAUUUAACCUUCUUUUCUGCACGUCAUAUUCUAGCCUUUUAUGAUUAUUUUAGAAGUAUUGAUCAUGCGAAUAUUGAUGAAAAUAAUAAUUUCCAUGCAUCGAAUCAAGAAAUUUGUCAAAAUCUUGUUAAGUUCGUUAAUGAUAAAGCUAAAUUACCUCUAUUACCCAAUUGGAUUGGAGAAUGGCCAACUGUUCAAAGUGAGGCUGAUUUUUUACCGACUCUUCGCAAAAUUGGUGCUACACUCCAUAAAAUUUUUACCGAUAUUCCACCACGAAAUCGACCCAUUCCUGAUGAUGUUGAACCGAUUAUUGCUGAUACAGUUUUUAAAGGAAAAAUAUUCGUCGCAGAUUGUCACUCUCGCUCUUUGGUUCCAAAUGUAAUUUUAUCACUUUUUACCAAUCAUCGGUCUUUUCCUGAACCAUGGCAAAUUCUAAUUUGUCGAAGUACGACUACUGCGGAGGAGGUUUCGCUUUUUAUAAAACGUUCAUUUAUUGCUGCGAAAAAUGGUUACAAAGACUAUUUAUUUUGCAUUGCAAAUGUCGAAUUCUUAGAUUUCGAACUACAAUAUAAUCUAGUUAAAACAAUCCGCAUUUUUCAAAAAGAAGAAACGAAUUAUCUUUUAGCUUUGGUUUGUACACGAGAAAAGGCCACGAAUCAUCACAUAUUAGAUCAAUUUUCUGAAAAUAUUCAUCCUACUAAUGGUCUUAAUUUAGAGUCUAUGAAAAUUUUAUAUUCUAAAAUUUGUAGUGAUGCUAUGUGCGUGACUUCAAAUAUGUCUGGGCAGGGCAAAACAGAAUGGAUUAAAAAAUCAAGCUUUAGUUUCAGAAAAGCUCCACGAACUUUAUUAAUCAGUGAUAAUGUAAAUUUUGGGACACUAGUUCGGCAAUUGGCUAAUUGUAAAUUGAGUGCUUUUGAAAGUUUACACCUCGAUAUUACUCUUGUAACUUAUCCUCAUGAAAUUAAUUUCUUUCUGUUUGAAUUAUUAACACUUGGCGUAGUUUCCAAUGAAUUAGAUAUAGUCCAUUUGUCUCAAGCUUUAAUAUUUAUUGAAAUUGCGUCAACAAUUGAGCAAUAUUUAUUUGAUUCGCUUUCUUUAAUUAAAUAUAUACGUAGACAACACAUCGAGUGGAAUUUGGAAAAUUUCAUAGUAUCUCGUCAUUUAAACAGUCCAAUUCAAAUUGUUUCAUAUUAUAUGGAUGUUCAUUCUCGUGGCGGCCUUGAUGACACAAACAUUCGUUUUAUAGGGAGCGAGGCAGUCAAAGAACCAUUACCUGCUGAACGUUGUCGAAAAUUAUUAGAACAUUACUUUUUCAGUGACCAAUUGGACAAUGUCUUUUCUUAUCGAUUCUUGGAAAUUUUUAUUAACGUAUUAGCCGAUCAAUUAGUUCGAUUAUCUGCUAGUUCUUUCUUUCAAGUUGAACAAUUACAUGUAAUGACUCAAGAAAAAAAUAUUCGUUCAUCACUUUUUGAAAUAUUGGUUUCUUGCUCUAAAGAAUUUGCUACACGAGCAAUCAAGGCUAAGGAUAUGCAAAAAGAAAACAUUAAAAAAGAAAAUAAUCAAGAAGUUGAUACUGCACGACUUGGGAAUAUAGUUCAAUGGGAUGAUUCUAAUCAUCUUGUUGUUGUGUUUUUGUCACAGAUGCCAGAUUCUAUAUGUGCCCUUUAUCGUGAAAAAAGUAAAGUACCUGGUAAUGUUAAAAAUUUAUUAAAAAGUCAAGAUGCUGAAUUGCAAGAAUAUUAUAAAAUGAAACCAGAAAUGUUGUUGGAACAACUGGAACGACUUGCAAGGAGAAAAAUGCACAAGCUAAAAGACUUACCUGAAUACGCAUUAACGAUAGAGAAUCUCUUAAAAAUGGCAAUGAUUUUAUUAAGAUCUCGUGCAAAUAUUCCGGUAGUCUGUUGUGGAGAGGCUGGCUGUGGCAAGACUAGUUUAAUCAGCUUCUUGUCAAUGAUCAUGGAAGUUAAUUUUAAAGCAUUAAAUCUCCAUGCAGGAGUUCAUGAGAAAGAUAUUCUAGAAUUUAUGGUAAAGGCCACAGAACUCGCGCUAGAAGGUGAAACAUGGAUUUUCUUUGAUGAAAUAAAUACUUGCGACCACAUUGGAAUGCUUGGAAGUUUAAUUUCACACAGACUUCUUAAUGGAAAGAAAAUACAUCCUAAUAUUAGGUUAUUUGCCGCCUGCAAUCCUUACCGAUUAAGAACUAAGGCACAAAGUAAUGUAGGUUUAUCAGCAAAACUAUACGAAGAAAAAGGAAAUUUGGUUUACCAAGUACAUUCGAUGCCUGAUCAAAUAUUAGACUACGUUUGGGACUAUGGCCAUCUCAAAGCAGAUGAUGAGCAAAAUUAUGUUGUGAUUAUGGUGAAAACUCAGAUAAACCAUCCAUUUUUUGCCGAGUUAUUAUGCGCGUCACAAGCAUUUAUUCGUAAAGUUGAGGAGCCAUUUAGCGUUAGUUUAAGAGAUGUGAAACGUGCUAUCAAGCUUUUUAAGUUUUUUCAGAAUGAAUUUAGUAAAAUUAAUUACGCACAAAAUUAUAGCAAAAUUAUAUCUCCUGAAACUCGUUCAUUGGUGUUGGCCCUUGGUUUAUGUUACCUUUUUAGGCUUCAUGACCAAUCUGAACGUAAAGAAUAUCGAAAAGAAAUGAUUGGAAUCAUGGAAAAGUAUCAAAAAAUUGAUGUACCUCGAUACAAAAACCAACAAUCCAAAGAUUUUUUUGAAUAUAUCAUUUCACAAGAACAAGAAAAUUAUUUUAAACGUAUGCGACGUCCCGAAGGAACUGCAGCAAAUGAAGCUCUUUUAGAAAAUCUUCUUGUAAUGAUUGUUUGUAUACAAACACGAACACCAGUUUUCAUAAUUGGUGCACCAGGAAGUUCAAAAUCUUUAGCAGUGCGUAUUAUUAGUAUGAAUCUUCGAGGAGCGGAUUCAAAUGAUUCUUACUUUCGAACCUUACCUCAAGUCUAUAUGAUACCUUAUCAAGGUUCAAGUUCGUCAACUUCUGAAGGAAUUACUAAAGUUUUUCAAACUGCUGAAAAUUACCAACAAACUA